UCUUUUUUUUUUCUCCACAGCACAUCAUUACGCUGAUCUGAAAUCAAUUUCAAGUCUGUGUUGUAGGUGUCGCUGUUGACCAUUACUUGAAAGCCAUUUCACGCAGCACCCGAUCACGUGUUACGAAAGGAGGCUGCGUCUCAAGGCCAUUUUCAAAUUUCAUUGGUUUGGCUGUCAUGUGGCAGUGCAGAGGUAUCCUGCAUUACACUGGGAUUGUUAUGCUAGAUAUGUCAGCCUACAAAGGACAUCUUUCUCCUCUUUAAAAUCAUCUCCAAAAUGUCUUUUCCCAACAGCUCACCCGCUGCUAAUACUUUUUUAGUCGAUUCUUUAAUCAGUGCUUGCAGAAGUGACAGCUUUUAUUCCAGCAGCAGCAUGUACAUGCCAUCCAGCACAGAAAUGGGAACUUAUGGGAUGCAAACCUGUGGACUUCUACCGUCACUCGGUAAAAGGGGAGAAGUUAACCAUCAAAACAUGGGCGUUAAUGUUCAUUCUUAUAUACCUCAAAUAGACACUUGGGUAGAUCCGACCAGAGCAUCUAGAGUUGAGCAACCAGCCGCUCAGCAGAUGUCCACAUGCACGUUUACAACUAACAUUAAAGAAGAAAGUAAUUGCUGCAUGUAUUCUGACAAGAGAUCAAAGGUCAGCUCUUCAGAAAUUCCCGCCUACCCGAAUCUGAUUCCCGAAUCCUGUUCUAUUGAUAAUCCCGAAAUACCCGUUCCGGGAUAUUUCAGACUAAGUCAGACCUACGCUUCUGGAAAAAACCAAGAGUACACUAACGCGGCCGAAACGAGUUCGAAUACAAUUCUGCAGCUGAAUCGAAUCAAUCCCAAAUUGCAUCUGUUUCCUCACGCUGAUGCGGAAAAGAAAAUUAUCGAAAAUCCAAGUCACAGAGAUUUAGCCAAGACACCCCCUUCGAUAGAAAGUCCAGAUUUAAAGACGAGUUUACCAGAAGACAAGAGCUGCUCUGCUGAUGCGUCUGCGUCGAGCCCCGAAACAGCAGACAAGGACCCGAAAGAGAGUAAAACCGAUGAACCGACGAGCAACUGGUUGACUGCAAAGAGCGGUAGGAAAAAACGAUGUCCUUACACCAAACACCAAACUCUGGAAUUGGAAAAAGAGUUUUUAUUCAACAUGUACCUUACCCGAGAGCGCCGUCUAGAGAUCAGCAAAAGCGUGAACCUCACCGACAGACAGGUCAAGAUUUGGUUUCAAAAUCGCAGGAUGAAGCUCAAGAAGAUGAGCCGAGAGAACAGAAUCCGGGAACUGACCGCUAAUCUGACCUUUUCGUGAGUUUGAACUCGGCCAUUUCCAAACUCUUGAUGGACAUCAUGUGUUCUUAGAUGCACUGGAGACUUUAAAAAUGGAUUUUUUUUUCAUAUUUGGAUAUCUCAACUGUCAUUUGCCACUUUCCCGUCCGUCUUCUUUUCAAGCAGACUUUAAAAGUAAAGUGUGUAAUAGCUGAAAUGUAUUUCACACAGGGUAUGUGACGACUGAACUUUACUGUCUUGUCUUCAGUUAUUGAAAUGUAGUAGCACAUAUAAAGGGAUUUGUACUCUUAUGUUCUUCUUCAUUUUGGGCACAAUAAUGUUAUCCAGCUGUACUAUAAGAUAAGAGCUUCAAGUUUCAUAUAUAUAUAUAUAUAUAUAUAUAUAUAUAUAUAUAUAUAUAUAUAUAUAUAUAUAUAUAUAUAUAUAUAUAUAGUUGCAAAGAAAGAAACGAAAUGAAGCACAUAUUUAAUGGAAACAUAAAACACUGCUCCUUUGAAGACUCCACAUUAGUUAAAGUUAAAAUAUUUCAUCCCUUUGUUAAAUGUGAAACAGAUAUAGGAUUAUCUCUGUAUAGUAUAUGUUGUAAAUUGUUAAUGUGCGUGCACAUCUUGCAUGGAUUUAUCGCAUGUAUAUUGAAAUAAAUUAUAUAUACAUGUCUUCGUGUCCGAGCUAUUGAAAGCUUUAAUUCAAAAAUAAACCUUUUCCCAUUCCAA